CUCACAGAAGUGGACAUGUGCAUUUGUGUGAUGUAUUCUACAAGUAAACUAAAUGUCCUGAAUCUGAAGGAUGCGGGGUACGGGCGAGAUCCUUCCAGCGAAUCUUGGGAGGGACAACAGCUGCCGAGGGCGAGUUUCCAUGGAUGGCUGCUUUGAUGAGUGAAGAAAUGGAUCCUUACUAUUUUUGCGGCGGAGUCCUCGUCUCUGGAUGGCACGUCCUCACGGCUGCGCACUGUCUCUUCGGAUACCCUUCACGGGGAUCCAUGUGGAUCCGCCUGGGAGAGCACGACUUCAAAACUGAGGACGAAAAUUUCCUCGACCGCCGCAUAGCCGAGUUCAUCCCCCAUCCCCAGUUCGACCGGUAUUCUUUGAGGAAUGACAUUGCCCUGCUGAAAUUCACAAUGCUCCUCCCCUUCAGUGAGUUCAUGAGACCCAUCUGCCUUCCUGCCCCGCCCCCCAAAGGGGGGAAUCACAAUGUCUACGAGGGGAAAUUAGCCACUGUUACUGGUUGGGGGUCAGUGACAGUCGUAGACAAGAGGCCCUCACUCUUACAGAAGGUAACGGUAUCCGUCUGGCCCUUGAUAAAAUGUAUAGUAAGCUACAUCAACGACGUCGGAAGUUCAUUCGACAGCGCCAUUUGCGCAAGUGUGACGGCAGGAGGCAAGGACGCUUGCCAGGGGGACAGCGGUGGACCUUUGAUUCUUCAGGAAAACCGGCGAUUCGUUGUGAUUGGCGUGGUCUCGUGGGGGAAAUCUUGUGAGAAGGAAUUCCCGGGCGUCUACACCAGCGUCAACAUGUUCUUGGGCUGGAUCCAAGGAAUCAUCUCAAGUAGGAGUCUAGAGGAUGGGGUUCCUUCGAGAAAGACCACUCAGCGAACUGAGAAGAGUGAACGUAUCUGAACUGCAGUGAAGGCCUUUUCGCCGGACGUACUUGUGAUUUUCAAUAACGUUCUCAUGAAGAUCAAUUGCCGUGGAAUGGCGAAAGAUUAAUAGUUUUCAUUUCGCCUUCACGAAGGAUGUGUCUUUUUUUUCCACAACAAAUAAUCCCUUAGGUAGAUUUCCCGAUGGAGAACUGUACCUUCUUAAUCAUUUGUAAU